GUCACGGGCGGCAAGGCCCGCGCUUGGACCAGCCCCACCUGCUUCACCGCAUCGCAUGCUACACGCUGCCACUCCGCUUGUUCAAGAAUCAAGUUAUACAGCAUGGCGUCAAAUGUCACAGCUAGCACCGUGUCUCUCACGAGGACUAUCCCGAGUCUCGAAGCUCUUCCAGACGAACUUCUUCUCCAGAUCAUGAGCGACCUAGACUACCCGUUCUUGCUGGCUCUUUCUAGAGUGUCACACCGACUUCGAUCCGUCUCUCUUGACCAUGUUCUGUAUUUGCACCGUCUGCACAUGUCAUCCGUGCAUUUGUUGUCAUUCUUGCCUCAACGUCCUUCAUUACGAUCCAUUCAACCCCCUGCUUCGGCGAUAUAUCUAACUCGUACGCACGUUGCUGCGCGCAAUCUCCAUUUUCGCCUGCUGUCAGCAACUCUCAAUCGAUCUCUGUCCCGGCGACCGACCGUCUCUUCUCUUGUCAACGCGCGUAUUUUGCCCAAAGAUUGCUGUCGGCGUGAUCGUUCGAGUGGGGAGAUCAUCGUCACGCAUUCCGGCCUUUACGAACGCAAGCGCAAGCUCGAGCUCGAAAAGUUUAAAGAGGGCAUGCGAAUCUGGCUGGAAAAGAAGGCUCGGGCGAUCAGUAGACGCAAAUCGAUUGUAGGUGGCGUUGGUAUCCUGGUGUGGAGGUUUACCAAGAGAAGCAAAGGACCGGACGACUUACCUACAGAACCAUCCUCUCAUGCAUGCUCGGAAAACUAUCAUGUCUCGAGUCUGAGACGUUUCUGGGAAGACAUUGGUUCAAAGGGAAUCUCUGCUCGAAGCCGU